GAAGCAACUUUCUUUCAGUGCCCCGGCACUUAAUUGUAUCUAAGUUCUGUUUAAUUUUUGGGUUUCUGUUCGUUCAUAAAGAUUCCCAACUCGUACUGUGUGGUGCGUUGUGAGGCUUUUAUGAAUAAUUAUUGUGGUAACAACUACAAUAGUGAUUCCUUCCAGAAGCGAUCCUCUGACAAGAGCAUAAAGUUUCGAAGCGAGGAAAUCAUCCGAAAACAUAACAAAAAGCAAAGUGCGUCUGUAGUUUGCUGAUCGUUUCAAAGUAGUGGUGAUAGUUGCGUAUGAAAAUUUCAUAAACCAGUAUGCAGCUGGCGCUUGCUACAAGUUUCGAUGCGAACGACCUGUCGGAGUUCAACCGAGCGCUUCGCAACGGGGCAAACGUGAAUCUACGCGAUCGUGACUCGCGGUACACGGUGUUCGAAUUAGCAUGCAAAACUCCCGACAAGAAGCAGUUCAUCCGAGCCUGUCUGAAUCAUGGAGCGGUACUGUCAGAGAAAAACCCCGAAACCAACGAGUAUCCCAUCCACCUGGCCGCGCUAUCCUUCGACAGUGAAAAUCUUUCCGAAUUGCUCAGCGCCCCGCGCAUUCAGGUGGAUCAAAAGUACGAAGAUCGCACAGCGCUGUACCUAUUGUUCGAACAGAUCGACAGCGACAAUUGGAAACAUGUGUUUGAGUGUGUUAAGUUGCUGCUAGAGUACGACGCCAACAUAAACACAACCGAUGAGAACAGCGUAUCACCGAUAGCUCUGCUAGUAACAGCUGGAUACGACGAUUGGAGAAAGGAAAUUCUUGAAUACUGUUUGCAGAACUACAGCGUGAACGUAGACUACCGAAGACAGCAGGCGAGAAAAGCGAUCGUGAAGAACUUCCCUGGCACGGACAUUCCCAUCUACGACAUGGAAAAGGUUACCGUGGAAGUGUUGCGGAACAAACUGAACGUCGAGACGGAGGACGAGUUUCUUGCGGCAUACGAGAAGUACUGCCAGCAAAACAAUGGUCACGUGCCGCCCGAAGAAGAUCGCGCCGAACUGCUACCAUUGACCGUAUAUCGGGCGAAGCUGACCGUUGCUCAGAAGCUCAUUGAAGGGCAGAUAGUAGAGGGCAAGUUUACCGGCAAUCCAAAACUACUUUCCGGUCUGCUGGCCAAGUGUUGUAAUCGAGGGAACGUGCAGAUGCUCGAAUGGUUGCUGCAAAUCAUACCGGAUGAUGAGGUAGCGCUAGUCAAUGAAGAUCCGUUGCUCUCGCUGCUCGUCAAGAAGAUCGACGUGUACCCGGACAAGAGUUCCUACAUCCGCAUCAUGCGCAUCUUACUGAACGAUCCGCGCCUAGAUAUCGACAACAUCGAUGUGAAAAAAUGUACGGCGCUGCACUACGCCGUCAAGUACCAGAUCGAUCACGCCCAGAAGCUGCUGCUGGACGAGGGAGCGUACAUCUGGGGCGAAAAUAUAUUCGGCGAUCUACCGAUCAGUGAGAUUGACUCGUCCCUGCUGGAGAAGCAUCUAGACUCGUGCGUCACGAACAACGAUCGCAAGCCGGGCGACGAGGACUACGAAGUGAGGAUCAGCUUUGCCAACUUUAUACCGCCGGCCCACAAUCCAAAUUCCGAGGACGAGAUGCGACCUAUCGUACACAUCGCACAGUCACCCAAUUCUAAGCAUCUCCUCUGGCAUCCCGUCAUAUCGAGCAUCUUGUUACUUAAGUGGAUGAAAGUGAUCCACCUUCUCUACCUAAAUCUGGUAAUCUGUACCGUGUGUUUCGUUUCGUUUGCGACAUAUAUCGUGUUUUGCUAUGCGCGGGAAGAUACCAUUCUCAAACAAUUGCUGUAUUGCCUGUCAGUGUUGGGAUGUGUGUAUUUGAUCGUCCGUGAAGCGUCCCAGUUAAGACUAAGCCCCGCCACUUAUCUGUUAUCAAUGGAGAAUUUGAUGGAGAUAUUGCUAAUCGGUGGGUAUGUUGCGGUGCUGGCGCACGAGUCAGCCGAUGAGACAUGGUCAAUGGUGCUGGUUGGAGUGCUUCUGCUGCUAGGGGUGGAGCUUACACUGCAAUUUGGCAUGCUCCCGAUAAACUCCAUUGCCACCAAUAUGGUCAUGCUGAAGACGGUUACGAAAAACUUUCUCACCUCUUUGAGCUUGUACUCGAUCAUAUUGGCGUCGUUUACGUUAAGCUUUUACACAGCGUGUAAGAUGAAGGAUAUUGCUCAGCUGCGCGAGUCGAACAGACCCGUACAAGCGGGAGUUCAUAACCAGGACAUUGAAGAUGAGCAUCUUUUCCACAAUUUUGGUGAGAUUCAGCUGGCGUUGAUGAAAACUACAGUAAUGUUCACUGGAGAGUUUGAUGCGGCAGACUUACCUUAUAAAUCAUCCUGGCCCAUGUAUGUGCUGUUUCCAGUGUUUGUGUUCUCUGUAACGAUUGUCAUAAACAACCUGAUCAAUGGUCUGGCCGUCAGCGACACAACGACCAUUCGGGCAGAAUCCGAAUUAGUAGGCAUUACAGAGAUGGUAUCCAUUAUCCGUCGCUACGAAAAGGCACAGGAAGCACUCGAGUUCAUCCAUUUAACAUUGGGCAAAAUAAAGUUCCUCAAACUGGGAUGGCUGUUUCCUAAUAUGAAUCUUUUUUGCAACGAGAAACCGCUGCAUCAAAUUGUGCUGAAGCCUAGCGAUCAAAGCCUAUCCACAAUCCGGCUGGAACAGCAAAUCAUCGAAACGGUUGAAAAUGGUGGAAUGCGAAAGAAACGUACGAGCAGCACGAAUAAUACGGCUGCAAAUAGUUCGGAAAUGAGAAAUGGCCAAGAAGAAAUUCAACUUAUCACUACGAAUGAAACUAUUUCCAACAUGGAGAAUGGUCAAGAGCGAACUAGACCUACUAGUAAAAAUUGUCAGCUUCAGACGCAUAAGACCUAUCAGGCAGAGAAUUUACUUUACAAGCCUUUUAAGGGAAUGCUGAGCAAGAUAGUUACGAAAUCGAUCGAGAUGUUGAACUCCCGCCAAGUGCACGGUGAAUCACAGGCGCAUCGCCUAUCACGCGUGGAACAGAACAUGACAAAUAUCAUGCAGGAACUAAAGGAGUUGAAGGAAUUGGUACGGGGCAUUGGGAAAGGACGACGUGGAGAUGAUAAGAAAAGCUAGAAUGUAGCUCCUUAGUUUUGUGAGAACGGCACGCCGUGUUAUCAAUUAUAGUUACAUUCAAAAACAUAAACCUCACCUGACGGGUAAAUAAAACAAUACCUUGGUUACAAUUCUGCACAAAUACUUGCAAGGAUUUAAAUAUUGAUUAGCUAAAACGAUAUCAGAAGUUAGGAUACGUUUGCAUCUAUCUGUCAAACACGUUGCAUACUGUUAGGCGCAAACGCAUCGUGAUUUUAGAUCAAAUCUUUCCUGUCGGUUCGAAGAAGAGCAUCUCGCAAAUUAAAAAUUUGUAUUGUUUUAUAAGUAAGACACGAACGGCAAUCGAUACAAUCGAUAUGAAGCAUCUAGUUUAAACCGACAUGGGACACGUCCCGCAAAGAAUAGUUAUAUGUGAUUCAAUAAAUAAAUAUAAUCGAAUCACAGAACAGUGUUAUUUGCAAACUACCAAUCGCAGAAAUUAAUUAAAGCUGACUCAUGAAAGAAUACAGCGCCUCUCUGCCAUCAGUAUGGUCGCUGUAAAUCAAGCAACAAGUGGAGCCAGCAUCCUCCGGGCGCAACACGCGGAAUGAUGACGUAAACAUUCCGUGCCGAAAGAACUCAUACCAAGUGAAAGAUAUCAUCCGGCACGAUAGCAUAACCACAUGAAUGGGGAAACA